GAUUACUGCGGAGGUUAUUGCAAAAAUGAAAGCCUGGGAUUCACAAAGACUAAGCAAUUGUGCUAAGAAGUUCAUCAAAAUCUUGAUUACUAGUGAAUGUUUCUCUCACCAAUCCCUUCAUUUAAGAAAUAGUAAAGGUUACGCGUUGAAAACAGAUGGGGCAAGUUAUUGCUCUGACAGUGCAGCUUGAGCCUUGCGGAGAAGCAGCAGCAAGUGUAGUAGGUACCAGUGCUGGCAGGCUAUACUAAUCAAAAGUCUAUUUCGAAAUGCAUUACGUGAUUAAGCUUUUAAUUGCCAUUUUCUUCAUUUGGAUUAUUGUGUCACACCGGCUUGCAAUCAUUCGCAUGUCAUCCGUCACCGUUAAUUCUAUUUCAGGUAAAAGGAUGGCAGAGACUGAUACUGUUUUCGUAUUGCAUCAAAGAAGAGUUCCAAUAGUUUUUCUUUGACAUAAAAAGAAAUAAAAAAGCCCUGGCUGAACCAAGGCAUGAUUUGUUCAAUUCCGAUAUUUCGGAAGGUAUUCGAGCUAUUCGAAUGGAAAAAUUCGUGGAAAAACUGAGUCAAUCUGCAGAUGUCAGCACAGAUACCUCAGCGAUACAAAUUCUACCACCUAUCCUGAAGAUUUUGAUCGUAACGACGUGGCGAUCAGGUUCAACUUUCCUCGGCCAAAUCAUCAGCAGCCUACCCGGUGUUUUUUAUUCGUACGAGCCAAUGUACUAUUUCGAAACCAAUAAUGGAUCAAAAACAGAACUCAUCCGGUCACUCUUUCAAUGCCAAUUUCCUGCUGAUUAUCUGAGUUUUGCCAAUGGACUGAAGGAACAUAGUCAGAAUUUCAUGGCGAUGAAUACACGCAUCUGGAGAGCAUGUCUACAUAACCGCACACUGUGCAAUCAACCGGAAUUUGUUGGCCAGCUCUGCACUAAAUUUCCUAUUCAUCUAAUGAAAACGGUUCGAUUACGAGUCAAAGAGCUUUCGCCGUUGCUGCAGGCCGACCCUGCUUUUACCGAUUGGAAAAUCAUUUAUUUGGUCCGUGAUCCCCGUGGCGUAAUGUCGUCAAGAACCAAUUUACCGUGGUGUGUACCAGAUCCGGCGUGCAACGAUGCAGGCCGUCUAUGCAAAGAUGUGCAAGAAGAUCUCGAAGAGAUAAAUCGGCUUCAAAUCUUUUUUCCUAAUCAACUUUACCUGUUAAAGUUCGAGGAUUUGUCCGCCAACGUCGAGACAGAAACAGAGAUGUUGUUUCAAUUUUUAGAAUUGCCUGUCCUCAGGUCGGUCAAAGACUUUUUGGCUAAACACACGCAGUCUAACCAAACCAGGGACAACCCAUUUUCAACAAUCAGACAAUCAAACGCCGUGGCAUCUGGAUGGCGAAAUAAAAUGUCUAGCGACCUCAUUGCAAACAUCACGGGUGUCUGUACACCCACGCUCAAAAAGCUUGGCAUAUUGUAGAAGUCUCUAAGAUAUUUUGUUGCAAAACGGUCAAGCCAUGCACAGCGAAAAGAAAAAUAUAUAUAGUAUCGUUCAUGACAUGGGAAAAGUGUAGUGGUACAUCAGUAGGCGUAGCUCAAACGCCGGAAAGAUGAUGAAAAAUUGUUUCUGUCUUUCCUUGUCCUUGGUAAUUUCUAAUCUAUUUUACUUAUUUAAUUUUAAAACAUCUAAAACCGUGUGACUCUUUCGUUUUCACUUUUGCGAUGUUAAAUGACUUUGCCGUACUGCGAUCCCAAGAAUGCGCAAUGUAAUAAUAAAAUUUUAUCAUUCAGAAUUGAUCUGAACGUAAAAUAUCUCUAGUUCCUCAGUCAUUGAGUACAAAAGUACAAGGUGGUCGUGGACCGCACCAACCACAACUUCAAUUUUAGGUACUAACCUUGUAAACCGUUCGAGCUAUCCGCCUAGUCUUUACGUUUCACUGCGUGCACCCAGUGCACUAAGGUAAUGAUUUUAUAACGUGCGCUACAAACAUUAACAGUUUUUCUCUUUUCAGAGUUAGCGGCCUCCUCAUUCGGCAAGAAAAUGCACCGUCAAUUUCCUAACGAUAAAUUGCAGCAACAAAUAAGAAAAUUGUUUACCGCUUCACUUCGUUCUCGCCUGUUGGUACUGGAUUCAGAGUAAAAAGCUGCUACAACCAGGUAGCAGCUGGUUCACUACGCCACUACAACUAUGGACCUAUCACUUUCCACGCUACUUUUAAGGCUCCAACGUAAUUGUUACGCUUACCUGAACGUACCCGGAAACCUGGAGCAACAUAAAUUGGAUGAAUGCAGAGUUUUUUGUCCUCUUCGUGCAUUGAGCUCCUUUUGUUUUGCGAUAAAAUACGUUUGACACAAAUGGAAGACGUGAUGCUGGUGAUACUUGAGGAUGGAGCUGUCAAACCACAAUCCUGCGACACAAUCAACGUAUUUUUCUUUCAUUAAUUAAAGAAUAACCCGUUUUUCUUUUUCCUCCUAAAGUAAUUCAAUGAACUGCAUUUCUAAGUAUCAAAUUUUAUUAUUCUUGCUGUGAUACAACAAAGUGAAUCAUCGUGGAGAACAUGGUAAAAACAGUUUUUUGCUUUUCAUACAGGAAAUUUUUGAAGAUCUUGACAGUCCUCGCUUCCGCACGGGCAGUGCGUUAGAUUGCAAUUACAUUCUUCGCAAAAUAAAAGAGUUUUGCACCCGUAUCUCGCUGUGAUGAUGUCCUGGCCGCAAAUCUGGCAUAGAAUACUGUCGACACCGAAUUUCCAGUAAGCGAUCGUGGACAAGACGAGUGUUGGCAUGAACCGAUGGUACCAACGUCUUGGCUGUGCCAUGGCGACAACUCCUCGCUUGCGACGUUCUUCCACAAUCUCUUCCAGUGUUACCUCAGUUCUCUUUUCUCCCUGUUCCG